AUGUUCAAUACUGCAGUCAUUUCGGUUCUUACCUCGCUCUCUGUUCUAUGGUUUCUGUUUCGCCGGAAUCAUACGAAGCAAGUAGAGCCUCGUGAUCAGCCAUCAAUAGUUCCUUCGUCGAGGCCUUGCGGACUGCCAGAUCUUUAUCCCGUGUUUCCAAGGGAUGGGUUGAAAGGGAACACCAACGUCGACAUUAUUGCCGUACAUGGCAUUGAAACAUGCUCUCCAACUACAUGGACUGCUUACGAACGAGACGAGGAGCCAAGAGGCCGCAAGAUAAAUUGGCUUGUGGAUGAUGACAUGUUACCAAGCGUAGUACCAAAUGCUCGGAUCUGGGUGUUUGACUAUAAUUCACGUUAUUCCCGCGACGCACAAGAAGUCGGUAUCAAAGAUCUUGGGGCGGUCUUCCUUCGUUUUCUAUGGGACAAGAAGCAUGAGCUCGGAACACGGCCGAUCGUCUUUAUUGGAUCAUGCUUCGGAGGCAUUCUCAUUACACAGGCACUUCAAAUGGCUGCGUCUGAAAGUGAAAAGUAUAUACAACUACUACAGUAUACAAAGGGUGUUAUUUUCCUAGGGACGCCUCUACGUGGUACAAGAGUAAAGUCCCCCGCGGAAUGGAGAGUAUUUAUAUCGGCAAUGUGGGACGCAAAUCACGAGCCAUCUACUACUCUUCUUGAAGACCUAGGAGAGAAUUCUAGCAACCUUGAAAGCAUCGUAGAAGCCUUCGGCAAGUCAACUAUCAAGCAUGAAAUCGAGAUACGAUGCUUUUACGAAACUCGAACCACCCAAAUCUUAAAUGCAGUGCUCAGAAGAUCAGUUUCAAAAUGGUCAAAACCCACCAAAAUUAUGCUCGUUGAGAGAAGAUCGGCAUGCCUUGACUGUCACGAGCAGAUCCCACUCGAAGUGCCUCACGCUAUGAUGAACAAAUAUCGUGGGCCCGACGAUGGAAACUUCAAGCUUGUCUCUGGCAGGAUAAAAGAAAUAUUCCAAAAGACUCAGGAUAUCCAACAUCGAACGAAAGAGCAACUCACAUGUCUACAGUCGCUCUCUCGUAACUAUAGGGAAUAUAAAGAUACGAAUCCGAAGCGAGUUGUAGGGACCUGUGAAUGGUUGCUCGGACAUGAAAAGUUCCUCAAGUGGCGUGACGAAAGCGUAGAAAACUUGCUUUGGGUUUCAGCAGACCCUGGAUGUGGAAAAUCCGUCUUGUCUAGAGCACUUGUGGAUGAAAGGCUUCUUACUCCUAAAGAACCUCCUGCCCAGGCGCAAAGUAUAUGUUACUUCUUCUUUAAAGAGGGUGACAAUGAACGAUGCAAUGCAGUAGAUGCCCUCUGCGCCAUCCUACACCAGCUCUUUACGCAAAGACCGGCUCUUCUAAAACAUGUUAUGAACGAUUUCGAGAAUAAUGGGGUUAAAAUAUGUAACAUGUUUGGAACACUGUGGGAUGUUCUGGUGAAAGCAACUACAGACCCAGAUGCUGGCCAGGUUGUAUGCGUUUUAGAUGCUUUGGACGAAUGCGAAGAAUCAACAAGAAAAGCUCUGAUUCAGAAACUAGGCGAAUUAGAUCUGACCCGUCACGAGAUGAGGACGAAGACUAAACUAAAGUUCGUCGUUACAAGUCGACCUUACGAAAAUAUCCGGAGAGCAUUCCACUCAGCAGUUCCGGAUGUGCUAUCGAUCAACUUGAGAGGAGAGGAUGAAUCAGAGAUGAUUAAAAUUAGCAACGAGAUCGAUUUAGUUAUUCUGGACCAAGUACCAAGGAUUGCCCGCGCCCGUGAUAUCCCAAUCGGUAAAGACAUCGAGGAGAUCCUGAUAAAUAGCCUACGAAAUAUGGAUAAUCGAACGUAUCUUUGGCUCCAUCUUAUCCUUGAUGAAGUUCGAAACACCCUUGAAUCUUCCGAGGGGAAGCUAAACAAACUUUUAGCCGAGAUACCGUCAUCUGUUGAUGCCGCAUACGAGCGUAUCUUGAACCGGGUUACUGAAAAGAGGCUGGUCAGGCAGGCAAGGACUCUGUUACACAUUGUUGUUUCAGCAGAGAGACCACUAACCUGGCGAGAAAUGAAUAUUGUUCUAGCAGUGUUGGAGAAACAAGAGGGCAAGAACUGCAACUCGGAGAAAGAGCUAGAGCUGGACUCUCGAGACGCAUUUAAAACGAAAGUGCGAAAUCUCUGCGGCCUGUUUGUUAGUAUUAUAGACUCAAAAGUCUAUUUAAUUCAUCAGACAGCUAGAGAAUUCCUCCUUAGUGAGCACCGCAUUGGUACACAUUUCGACCAUACCAGAACUGGUGAUAGUGUCUGGAAGCAAUCACUGUUACUAGAGGAUUCAAAUCGAUUAAUAUUGAAUGCGUGUAUAUUAUACCUUCUCUUAAAUGUAUUUGAGACAGAUCCUCUAGAGGGGAUGGAUGAAUACCGAUACUGUUCCCAGCAUAGUUUCCUAGACUAUGCGGCGAAACAUUGGGCCUCUCACUUUCGAGAAGCUAACAUCAGAGAGGAGGAAGCACUAUUGGAGUCAAUAUUAAAAUGGGAUCCUAUUUUGGGCAUGAGGCAAUAG